AUGUCUGCUCAGAAGCGGAUCACCAAGGAGCUGAGCGAGUUGACAACAUCACCACCCGCCGGGAUCACCGUGGCAUUGGCGGAUGAGUCGGACCUGUACAAAUGGGUGGUGACAAUGGAAGGACCCGCGGGCUCUCCAUAUGCUGGCGGCGUCUUCACCCUCAACCUCACCCUUCCCACAGGCUACCCCUUCAAGGCACCAACCGUCACCUUCGCCACGAAGAUCUACCACCCAAACAUCAGCAAUGACAGCCCUCCCAACAGCGGCACAAUGUGUCUCGGAAUGCUCAAGGACAGCGAGUGGAAGCCCAGCACCAAGAUGGCUGCCGUCUUGGAGUUUGCCAGGCAGUUGUUGAAAGAACCCAAUCCGGACGACGCGGUCGAAGCCAAAAUCGCCGAACAGUACCGUGACGACCGCGCCAGCUACGAGAAAGAGGCCAAGGAAUGGGUCAAGCGUUAUGCCACCACCUCCGCUUCCGGCAACAACAAGAAAUAG